GCGCAGGCUGUCCUAAUGGUUGGUAAAGUGUCCGUGCACUGCCUAUGUGUCAUGCGGGCUGCUCUGCUUCAUUUCUCGUGGCUGGCUGUCUUCGUCUGGAUGACUGUGAUGGCGUCUGAUUUGGCGAAGAGCAUCACAUCCAAAUCGCCUCCUAACCAGCGCAGUGGGUCCAACUUGAAAGUUGUGAAGCUGGGUAUAGUGGCUUGGGGUACCCCAACCAUCUUUGUCUGUGCCUGUUACUUGAUCUCCAGGUUGAGUGAAGACCAAUCAUGGGGGUGGCUUGAAUAUGGUGGCGAUCAAUGCUGGAUUGUAGACUCCUUCCAUUCCCUCCUUGCAUUCGGUGUGCCCGUAGCGGUUCUUCUGAUCAUCAACUGCAUGUUGGCUGUGUUCAUGAUCUACAAGGUUUCUUCGAAUCGGAGAAGGCUUGCUGCUGCACAGAUUUCGUGCAAUUCGAAAACAGAACUUCUGUUGUGUUUUAAGCUCAUCGUCAUUACUGGAGUCACGUGGUCACUUUUCUUUGCUGCUAACUUGGUGAACAGCCCCAUCCUCUGGUACAUCGUGGUUGUUGUGAAUUCCCUACAGGGCGCCCUCAUCGGCAUGUUGUUCUUACUGAAGAAGAGGAUGAUGACGCUUUGGAGGAAUAAGUUAACCGUUAUUUUCUGCAUCUCAUGUCGACGUCGUCACCGAACAAAGAAAGGGGCAGAACCGUCCCCCGUGAAUCUAGUCAGCGUCACAGUAACGCCAGGAGAUGCGCCACAGAUGCAAGAUGAGCGACCGGAAAUUGAUAAGCUUAAGUAGAAUAAACUCGUGGGUUGAAAUCUAUAGCGUAUCGGU